AUGGGUCCGUCCUGUACGCUCAUGAACACAAUGAGUGUGCAGGAGACUGUUUUCGGUGCCGUGACCCGGAUUCACGCUUCAGGCUGUUUCUUCGUUGUUCCUGAGGCUGUGGAUCAACACCAGCUUGAAGAGAAGGAGAGGAAGGGCAAAUAUUCCAAGAUGGAGGCUGAGCGGGAAAGCAUGAGGCAAGGCAUCAGAGAUAAGUAUGGCUUGAAAAAGCGCGAGGAGGCCGAGGCUGAGGCAGCAGCUGCGGAGGAGGAGCCUGCAGAGGGCAGCUUGACUCGACCCAAGAAGCUGGUGCGAGCCGGCUGUGGCGACGAGGAGGAAGAGGAGAGCAUCAUGGACACAGUGAUGAAAUAUCUACCUGGCUCUCCGCAAGACAUGCUCAAGAAGUAG